CUUCAAUCGAAGAAAAAGUCGCGUCCUUUGUAGCGUGCUUCCUCUUUGCUGUACUUAUUGUUGUAAAUAAGAUCAAAUUCGGAAAAAAGGAAAAUUAAGGUAGUGAGAGUGAAAGAAAAGUGAAUGAAAUUUUAGUAAAUUGUUGCGCUUUUAAAUAUAAUUAAAUUGCUGCAGUCAAUUUGGCGCGCACUCAUCUAAAAUGACGCUCUCCGUGUUGGCGUCGUUCGACGAUCUGCGACGUUGCAUGCAAGUGCUGACCGAAGGAACCGCUGAGGAGGAAUUCCUGCGCUUCUUGCGCUUGUUUGAACAGUACCACGAGAAAUGCAAUGGCUACGCCACACAAAAUGCGCGCCUACAAACAGAACUGGACAAAUCGCUGGCUAAGAUGGGCGAUCUGGAGGGCAAGCUGUAUCAUGCGCGUCGCAUCAUUGAUACGGAAAUCAAGGCGCGGCGUCUGGCGGAGCACGAGCGCGACGCCAUGGAAAACAAGAUAAUGGCCGUAGCCGAUUUGCUGCGCCACGAACGAAAUCUGAACAACGAGACGCGCGAUAAGUUGGCUUUUCUAAAUACGCUGCCUUCGGCCUCGACGCGCAAGCGCAAAUCCCUAAAUACACUGCACGAGGACAAGUCAUAUGGCGACAUUAAUUCAACAGGCUCUUUGCUAUCCGAUUUAUCUAUAACACAUUCUGAGGAUGAUUUUCUCGAUGUGCGUCGCUCCAAGUCUUGGCGUGAGCACCGUCCGUCAUUGCCCAAAAACCCUGUGCCGUGUGUGGGCACUAAACGCUCUCGUCUAAGUACAGGCCACAAUGGCAGCAACGUUGGCACACCAACCACUGGCACCGUCAGCGCCACAACGCAUCGCUCGGGUCACGUGGAUCAGCACACAUUGGAUGUUGGCCAGGGUGCUGAGCGCUUCUGCGCCACCACUAAGGUGACGAUACCACAGGAUGGCCAGGGUGUCAUACGCGCCGAGUCUACCAUUGAGUCGCUGCCCGUGAUUGUGUCUCAUGAACGCGUUGCCGAUGUCCAGACUACCUCAACGCCGCGUCGUUCGGGCGUCAAAGAGCCCACAGCGCCGCCGCAAACGCCUCUUAAUAAUGCCAUGGCUGUGGGCAUGUCGCCGGCGCAGAAUCGUCUCUUAAUGCGGAAGCACAGCUUUAGCCAGAAGACCUUUUUGCGUGGCGACAACUGUGUCCAGUGCCAAAAGCGCAUUCGCUUUGGUUCGGUGGGAUUGCGCUGUCGUGACUGUCCGGUGCGCUGUCACCUCGACUGUCGACAGCUGCUCACCGUCAGCUGUGUGCCGCAGUCGGGCACGCCCACGGCGAAGACGGAGAUGCAUUAUCUGAGCGACUUUGCGCCAGCAACUGCGCCCAUGAUACCUGCACUGAUUGUGCACUGUGUCAACGAGAUUGAGGCGCGUGGUCUUAGUGAGGUGGGCCUCUAUCGCAUGUCGUCGUCGGAGCGCGAGUACAAGGCACUGAAGGAGCAGUUCCUGCGCGGCAAGGUGACACCCCAUUUGGGCAAUACGGACAUCUAUGUGCUGUGCUGUUGUGUGAAGGACUUCUUGCGCACGUUGCGCGAACCACUCAUACCCACGAGCCAGUGGAAGGACUUUGCCAAUGCUGUGCAAAAUCCAGACAACAAGCUGGCCAUAGAGUCUCUCUAUCAGGCAGUGGAGCAACUGCCGCCCGCAAAUCGCGACACUAUGGCAUUCCUAAUGCUGCAUUUCCAGCGCAUUGCCGAUUGCCCAGUCGUAAUGAUGCCCAUAGAUAAUAUAUCUAAGAUAUUCGGGCCCACAAUUAUGGGCUAUUCGUCGCGGGAUCCUGAUCAGCAUGCUCUAUACACAGAAGUCUUUACGCAAACGCAAGUAAUGAAAGCACUGCUCGAGUUACCCGGCACUUUUUGGCAGCAGUACUUGGCCUUCGAACCAUCACCACCGCUGGUACCUCCUGGCAGCGGUGUCAAACGUGUACCCAGCAACAACAGGGAUCUGUUCUCGCUAUAUGCUACGCCACUUAAGGGCACUAUGAAGAAGCGCAAAUUUUACGGCACUCCCCCAAUGUCUGCGCAUAAGAAGUAGGGGAUCAGCAUCCGUUCCCAUCCCCGAAUGAUUAGAUAUUAUCUUAUGCAUCGCUGGCGUGCUUACUUAAUCUACAAGUAUUUCAAUUUUUUUCUUUUGUUUGCACUAGCUGUGAGUUUAUAGUUUUAUAGAACUGCUCCUGAAAUGUUAUUACAGACUUUGAAUACUGUUUAUACAUACGAUUGCAUUGAUUCAAUACUUAACAAUUUGUCAACUAAGAAUUCUCAACUACAUUCGUUCUAUUUUGGUAAUCAAUAUUAUAUUUGUAUAAUAAAAAAACAAGUCUUUAGAUACACUAAAAUUAUACGAA